UUUUUCCCCCAAAAAAAGUUCUUUACCUUGUCGUGCAAUUACAUCUCACUAUGCAAUUACACUGAGACUUUCUCCCGCCCCUUCAAUCUGCAGCAGUGGCGCUGCUCACAUGGCAGUAGACGGAAAUAGAAUAGCUUCAUGUCUGUUUGGACCGUGGCCCGGCACAAACUAUUCUCCGCCACUUGACUGACAGUAGGAUGUGGGCUUUCUACAGCCGGGCCAGUCUGCGCAGAGCUUUACUCCGGCAAGGCCAUAUAACGCGGCUCCGGGACGGGCAAAACUGAAGAAGACAGAAGAAGAACCGAAGUGGCGUCGCUAUGAAUCCCGGCGGGAACACUUAACCUUUUUAGAGCACGGAGCCGGCCGGGGUGAUUAUCUGAAGCGGAAAGGUGGACGAAAGAAUGGCAACUCCGCAAUGCAGCUCCAGGCAGAGCAGCUCGCUGUCUUCUUCUCCCAGCAGCAGUCGCAUGCAGUGCCUGCAGGUGGACUCGGUCCAGCGCUGGAUGGAGGACCUGCGUCACAUGACGGAGGUGGAGUGCAUGUGCGUGCUCCAGGCCAAACCCAUUGAGGUCGAGGACGACGGCCAGCAGACCGAGCUGAUUGUGUCCGCCGGGGCGGGGACGGGGGCGGUGGGGGACCACGUGGCCCGCAACAACCUGCAGACGCUGCUUCGUCGGGCCCUCGUGGUCAGCACCGAGUUGGGUAAGAUGUUCCAGCGGCUGGAGAAGGGACGCUGGCAGAGGGUCCACAGUACGGCGGUACGAGCAAACUGCCACGUGCGCUCCCUGGUGCACGAGUACAGCGCAGCACGCAGCACGCCGCCCGAAAUGCAGAAGUUUGAGACGUCUCUACUGGAGAAGUGCAUGGAGCUGACGAAUAUCACAGAAAGGUGCAUUCACACCGAGGAUGAGUUCUUCCUAAAGUCCAUGAGAGAUGCUAUCCACGAGAUCCUGACGGAUGUCAGUGAAUCAUUCAGCAAUAUGAUUGACAUGGCAUUAGCUAAUGAAAUCCAGGUUCUGAUCAAGCAGAUUGAAUCUUCCGACAAUGUCCACACCAUCGGCAGUGCCAUCAGCAACCUGCUGUCCCUUACCCAGGAUGGACCGCAGCUCUGCAGCAUCAUCGCCAAGGAAGGAGCGGUGGUGUCAUUGUUCAAGAUCUGCCGGCAGGAUCGUUUCCAAGGCCUCUACGCUCACGCUCUGAGGACCGUGGCCUCCAUCUGCUGCGUGGAGGAGGGCAUCAAGCAGCUAGACAAGGUUGACGGCAUCCUGUGCCUGGCGGACAUCCUGACGGACGAAGGCAGCGCGGAGGCGGCGCGGGCCGAAGCAGCGGCGGUGGUGGCGCAGAUCACGUCGCCGCACCACACGUCCACGCAGCACCUGGCCAGUUUUCUGGAGAGCAUGCACGACAUUGUCACGGCGCUCAUCAACUUGUGCGAGAGCGCCUCUUGUGGCGAGGUCUUCCUUUUGGCGUCGGCUGCCCUGGCCAAUAUCACCUUCUUCGACAGCAUGGCCUGCGAGAUUCUUCUGCAACUCAACGCCAUCCACAUCUUGUUGCAGGCUUGCAAGGACCGCCAGCGAGUAGACACGCCCUAUUCUAAAGACCAGGUGGUAACAAUCUUAGCCAACCUCUCCGUUUUGGAGCAGUGUGCGAGUGAAGUCCUACAGGAGCAAGGUGUGGAGCGACUGCUGCUACUAUUAGGCGAGAGGCCGUCUUCCUCCAGUCCAUCCGAGGGCGCCGCCUGCGAGCGCGUGCAGCAGAAGGCCGCUGUGACAUUGGCGCGCCUCAGUCGGGACUCGGACAUAGCCCAGGCUGCCAUUCAGCUUAAAGCUGUUCCACGUCUCAUCGAGCUGUGCCGAUCCCCCACGGAAAGGAAUAACAGCGACUCAGUCUUGGUCGCUUGCCUGGCGGCCUUGAGAAGGUUAGCAUCAGGGUGUCCGGAUAGCAUCGAGGCGGCCGACUAUCAGCAGCUGAUCAAACCGCGCCUGGUCGACUCUUUCCUCCUGUGCUCCAACAUGGAGGAGAGCUUUGUGUGACGCCAAUGUGCUAACGUGCAUCAAACGCUCGAGAAACGAUAAAACAUUGCUCGACCAGAGACAUUGUGCAUGAGUUCAAAAAAAUAUGACAUAAAUUCACAGGUCAAAUCAGGACCCGGUUCUGUGAGUCCAUGUCCCGUAUUCUAUUUAUUUAUAUUGUGUAUAGAUUAGAAUCUCGAUUUAAAAGACCCAGAAACAACAGACCCUAGAUUCAAUAGACAGAAAAUAGUCCACACAAAAUGCCACUUCUAAAGCAACUAUUUCAAUAUGUUAGCCACUUUUUCAGGAGUGUCACAAUGAUACAAAAAAUUUAAUUCAAAUUUUUUUGUUCCUAAGAAGUAUAAAAGUACCAGUGUACCAAGGAUAAAGUUGUAAUAUAAAUGGAUGAAAGUUGUAAUAUUAUGUAUAUGGAUGAAGUCAAAUAUUUCCAAUAAAAAAGUCAGAAUGUUACUAAUAUAAUAGAUCAGUAUUUUAAUUUUGAUAAUAAUUACGAUAUAAAGUUGCAAUAUUCCAGUCAUACAAACCACUAUAUUUGCAUAACUACAUUACAGUUAAAGAUCUUGUUUCCACGGACGGUACUGUGUUUUUAUGACGACUGCGUGCAUGAAUCAUUGCCAUUGCUUAUAUUCUUACAGCACGCAGAAUUAAUCCACUUCCUGUAAAUUUCCAUUCAUAUUUCUUAUGAUCAUACGUGCUACUGGAAUUUGUUAAAUUGCAAAGGAUGUAAUAAAGACAAGCAGCUUUCAA